UUUUGAAAACAGGCUUUAUCCUUCACUUUAGAGAGGGCACCAUCAUUGCAAACCAUUUUCAUGGACAUAAAGGAAUUAAGAGGCUAAAAUAGCACAGUGCUGACACUAAUUUUCUGAUACACCAUUGCUGCUGCAGACCUGCAAAUUGAUAUUCAUCAUGUAAAAAAAAAAGGAAUCUGGAAAGUCCAGUAUAACCUCUGAGGUGAUAGGUCAGAUCCUGUUGUGCAAUGAAAGAAGAAGAAAUGGAGUGACCAAUCAAAUGAGAGAACCAAUCAGAGCCAAUUCCAAUCAGGUGAGAGCAUACUAUCAGCCAGACUGUUCUGUGUAGUGAUUUACUUCUUAAUCAUGUAUACUGUGAUUUAGGUUAAUAAAAAUAAAAAAUAAAAAGAUAAUGUUACCUACUCUCCUUACAUGUGUGCAUACACACCACCUUGUCAGCCACACAAUAAAGUGUGUGAUGUAACCAGCAGUUCCAGUAUGAAAGGACAAACUCUGCUUAGUCAGACACGAGGUGCAAGUGCUGCAUGGGUCAGAUACACUUGGUGACAGUGACCCAGCUCCAAAAUCUCACCUGUGGCCAGUACAGAGGAAACCUGAGUAAUGGAGAGGCUGCUGAAGAAAUGUCGGAUCAGAAACCAAUUGGUCAGGGAGUGCAUGGCGGAAUGCCUCGGUGUCUACACCCUGAUUCUGUUUGGACGUGGCUCCGUUGCUCAGGUGACAACGGCUGAAGAUAAGAAGGGGCAGUACCUGUCAAUCAAUUUGGGUUUUGCUCUGGGAGUAACGUUUGGGAUGUUUGUAUCUCGUGGAGUCUCAGGUGCCCACCUGAACCCUGCAGUCUCCCUGAGCAUGUGCAUUUUGGGCAGACAUCCUUGGAUAAAGCUGCCUUUCUAUGUCUUCUUCCAAGUGCUUGGAGCCUUUAUGGCUGCAGCCACUGUUGGUCUGCAGUACUACGAUGCCAUUCAGAUGUACAGUGGAGGUAAGCUGACAGUGAUGGGUCCCACCGCCACAGCAAACAUAUUCUCCACCUACCCAGCUGACUACCUCAGUGUGUGGGGGGGUGUUGUCGACCAGGUGAUAGGCACAGCUGCACUGCUGCUGUGUGUCCUGGCUCUUGGGGACCAGAGGAAUGGCUCCUUCCCAGAUGCUUUUCAACCUGUAAUGGUGGGAGCAGUGGUGCUGGUUAUCGGCGUCUCCAUGGGCUCCAACUGCGGCUACCCCCUAAACCCAGCUGGGGAUUUUGGGCCUCGAUUGUUCACGUACAUCGCUGGCUGGGGAAUGGAGGUUUUCACGGCUGGAAGAAGCUGGUGGUGGGUACCUAUAGUGGCUCCCUGCAUCGGAGCGCUGCUGGGAACACUGAUCUAUGAGCUGAUGAUUGAAGUCCACCAUCCUCCCACUUUGACUGAGCUCCAGACAUGUCAGGAAGCCACUGAGGUCAAGCCGGAGCUGGAGCUGGAGAGGGUGGAGCCAGAGUGAAAAAUCAACUUUGUGAUGCCACCAUCUUGGCCAGGGCACCAUUGAAAAAGGUUUCAAACUUCACUGGGUUUUUCCUGGUAAAACAUAGAUUAUAUUAAAUGAGUGUCUGUCAUAUCGUGACUUCAAAUUAUGUUAGCAUGCCGCUACUAGCAUUUAGCUGAAGCACCAUUGUGCCUAAAUAGAGCGUCACUCACUAGCAUAGCUGUUGAUUCUUAGUCAUAUUAGUCCAAUUUAAAUGAUAACACUACACAUAAACAUGUUGCAAGACUCAAAGAUCUCUUUUAAACAUUUAUUUUGAAACAGCACAAAAGUGUAUGGCAUUUUCAGCAAGCAGACCACAACCAUGAAAAAGAAAAUGACAUGAACUUUCCACUAUUGAGCUAUAUAAAUAUGAUAUCAUGACAUAUAAAAGAUACAAACAAAUUCACUCAUAGGCCUCCGGUCACCUGAAGGCAGUUUCUGAAACAUACAAAAGAAACGCAAGUACAGCGAGCACUGAUUCUGUAGAUAAAAAAGAACCGUCUCAAAGAGGUCAAACAUUUGUAUUCAUACACAUUAAGACAACACAACCCCCACACUCUCCCGCUGUAAUUACAAUGUAUAGCUACCUCUGGGGAUUCUUUUUCUUUUAAACUGUUUUGGAAAAAAAAGGGGAACAGUACAAGUACAAAUACUAUACGUAUUCACAUUAUCAUAGCAAGUUACUAAAACCAGAACGCUUCCUUUAGUGUAAUUAUAUGUAUUUACAUAGCAAAACCGGUACACAUACUACUGACAGGCAGCCUGACCUCUCUUCUUCUAGCUUAACAAUUAACAUGACACAUUAUUCACACAUCAGUUAGACCUCCAGUAACCUCAUCUCCUUGUAAAAUGCCUUCAGAGAUUUGCAUCUCAUGCCUCUGUUGCAGUUAAAUUACUAAGAUGUGAUGUAACCAACUCGCACAAACACCAACAGUAGUAAUGUGUUUGCUAUAAAUAAUUAUUUUAGCAACAAAAAAAAUCUGUCAAAUUCUCUCGUCAUGGUUCAAUCAGCUGUUAAAACUGUUCUAAUCCCAGAAAAAGGAGCAUGAGGCAAAUGUGUGUGAAUACCAUAAAAAAUAAAGUACAAAAAUGUAAGCACUAAACCUUUCAGGAGUACAGUGGGAGGUGUAUGUACUAGCUAUGUGUUACAUGAAGAAACAGGCAAGUGGUGACAGUCAACACAGAGGGAACGUGAUGGAAAAUAAGAUGUAUGACACAGUAUGACUG